GCUUAAGCUGAAAUUACCUGCAACGAAGCAUAGGCCCGGCUCUGCUUCCAGCGCAAUAUUUUCUCCUCGCCUCACUACCCCCGGCCACUGGCCACUAUAAGUAGCAGCUUCCUCUCUGCCUGCCCGGCAGCAAGCAGCAUCCGACGCAGUCGAGCGCGACCGCCGUCAAAUCCGUCCAUAAGUGCGCUGCGAUGAUGGCCGGGUCUUGCUCGUCCAAGUUUCUUGGAGCGGUCGCGGUGGCGCUCGUCCUCGCCGCGCCGCUGGCGCUGGCUGGCGACCCGGACUACCUCCAGGACCUCUGCGUCGCCGACCUCAGCUCCGAGGUGAAGGUGAACGGGUUCCCGUGCAAGGCGAACGCGACGGCGGACGACUUCUUCUCCAGCGUCCUGGCCAAGCCGGGCGCCACGAACAACACCGUCGGCUCGGCGGUCACCGGCGCCAACGUCGAGAAGGUACCCGGGCUCAACACCCUGGGCGUCUCCCUCUCCCGCAUCGACUACGCCCCCGGCGGGCUCAACCCGCCGCACACGCACCCGCGCGCAACCGAGCUCGUCUUCGUCCUCUACGGCACGCUCGACGUGGGGUUCGUCACCACCGCCAACAAGCUCGUCGCCAAGACCAUCACCAAGGGCGACGUCUUCGCGUUCCCGCGCGGCCUCGUGCACUUCCAGAGGAACGCCGGCGACGAGCCCGCCGCCGUCAUCUCGGCGUUCAACAGCCAGCUCCCCGGCACGCAGUCCAUCGCCAUGACGCUCUUCGGGGCCUCGCCGGAGGUGCCCGACGACGUGCUCGCCAAGGCGUUCCAGAUCGGCGACGAGGAGGUGGACAAGAUCAAGGCCAAGUUUGCGCCCAAGAAGAGCUAAAGAUUCGAAUUUUUUGGUGGCAACGAUGCAUUGUUGGUUCCAUUAUCGCUAUUAGCUUGUGUGUGAUUUCUGACAGGGCGUGCCGUGCAACCGCGUCGUGUCCGCUAUGUGAUCGUUGAUUCAGUGUGACCUGCAGAAUGAAUUAGGUGUCUCUACUUGUAAUAAGUUGCAGCCUUGCACGGAGAACGUUCUGUUCAUCUUUUAUUAUUAGCCCAAUCAUUUCGGAGAUUCUAUUUGUAAACCAUAUGAUAUUACUACAACUACUACCUUUUUAAUUUACCAUCUUAGCAUGA